CCGCAUGUGAAAGAACCAUUUCUCCUUAACAGAAAUAACUGCUCUUCAUUUGGCGCUCUCUGGAAACUCACCAAUUUCGGCCCCUCUCCCAAAAGCAAGAAAAUCAAGAAACAUACAUCAAUGGAUGGCCACAUAUCACACUCUCAUUGAACAUGAAAUCUCUCACAUACUUGAACAGCUGAGUUUUUGUCUUGGAAACUUCAGUCAAAGGAUGAAUGAAUCUCCCAAGGCUCGCAGAGAAGUAAUCCAAAUAAUAAGGGAAGGAGCUAGAAAAACCUCCCAAGAAAGUUCAACCCAUAUGUUAAUGGCUGACGAAACCUCUCAAGUUUGUUAUAACCUUGAGAGUACCGUUGCAGAACUGAAUGAUUACAUUACUGAAACUGGUCGAAAGAUGAUUGCAUCUGCCAAUGUGUUCACGGAAGGCAUCGAAGAACUGAAGAAAAACCGAGAAGAAUCCUUAAAGUUAUUCAGUGAUUUAGUGAUCAAUAUGAGGGGCAUUGGUCGUGGAAUAAGCCUUCUUGAAGCACGCAAAAAGAUUGCUUAUGUGAAUCGAUGGCUGAAAGAAAGGACCGUUGUUAUUGAUGAAACCAUGAAAGAGGAACAUAGUGCAACUGGAUUUGAUCAAACUACUGCUCCUGGAAGGGAGCAAGAUGUGCUUGGUUUGGGGAAUGGUAGUGAAGAAGACGCAGAGGGAAGCCGAAAAGAGAAGAAACCGGGGCAUGAAGAGGUCAAGAGCAGCUCACAGGGUUCAAGUUCAACCGCUAGCGACAAGUUCUCUGUGCUUCUUGUGGAAUAUGAAUCUUCUGAUCGCUUAUUCAACAACACGCAGAUAAUCGAGUUUGGAAGGGAAUAUAAUCUUGGGAUGGAAGUUAAAGUGGCCAAAAGUGGAGAAAAAGCUAUUUAUCUUCAUAGUCAAGGGGCUUCUUUUGACCUCAUUCUUAUGGAUAUGGAUAUGCCUGCUCAUGUAACGAGUGGAUAUGAGGCAACAACACAGCUGCGAAGCUUAUUUGGUGUGGAGAGUAACAUUGUUGGUCUCACCUAUACGUCAGAGUCUGAGGAAAUAAAUGAGUUCAUUCGAGCAGGCCACCUAAAUGGCUGUAUUGAAAAGCCACUGACUGAUGAAAAGAUUGACUCUCUCAUUCCUAUUCCGGAAGGCAAUAACUUACCCACAGCAGGAAGACAAAGGACUGCUCUAUCCAUGAGCUUUAUGAUUUGAGUUUUGGGUGUUAUAGUCCAUGCUACUUUCUUGUAGAUGUAGGAGGAUAAAUGAAUUGUUGAACCAAAUAAAACAGUCAGGGGAGAAUAAAGACAAUAGUAGCUACAGAUCGAUAAGCUUCUAUUACAGAUUUGGCUAAUCAGGAAUCUAGGAGAGGUGGCUACCUUGACUGGAAAUUGUCUGUGCUGUUUUAGCUAUUGUGCUUUGUCUCCAAGAACGGAAAAAAAAAAAGCCGAGGACAGGACUUCUUAGAAGUUCUUAUGGUAGUUGUCGUUACACGCAUAGAUUUGAGCAUUGCAGAAAUGAGUGGAAUCUACAUCUGAGAAAAUUAGGCCAUGAUCUUUUUUCUUUCUUUCUUUUACUGGUAAUGAUGAAUACUGUAUCAGAAUCUUGCUACCAGAAGACUUCUAGUUCCUGCUCUCCUAUGUUCCACCUGAUUGGCACGGUUCCAGUUUUGAAUUUCACCAUGGGAUUUAAAGAAGGAAACAUGGGAGAAUGUGGCAUCUGAGUUUCUUCUAUCCAUUUGUUGAAAAUGAUACUGAUGAUCAUAACCUUAUGAGAACCUCCAAUCCUUCUUAGCUUUUGUAUACAUUAGGAAAGGUC